CAUCAACCCAACUGUAAGCCACAUACAAGCUCACCAUGCAGUCUCCUGGAAAAUCCCUGAAGGAAGCUUUGGUCUGCGCCCAGAGCGAGGACCGACUCACUGUGGGAGUCUACGAGAGCGCCAAAAUCAUGACUGAAGAUCCGGACAGCGUGUCUUUCUGCGUGCUGGCCACGGACGAGGAGUUCGAACGUGACAUCGCUCUGCAGAUCCACUUCACCCUCAUCCAGUCCUUCUGCUUCGACAACGACAUCAGCAUCGUCAGAGUGAGCGACAUGCAGCGUCUGACUGAGAUUGUCGCUGACAAGUCGGCGCAGCUCGAAGACGCCCACUGUGUCCUCAUCACGAACCCAGCUGAUGGUUCUUGGGAGGACCCGGCUCUGGAGAAGCUGCACCUGUUCUGCGAGGAGAGCAGGCGUCUGAACGACUGGGUCCCCGAGAUCAGCCUCCCCGGACGCUGAUGUGGGCUCCUGUCUUGUCUCAGAUGCUGUCAAGCUUCUCAUCUGGAAAUACUCAUCCUGAUGGACAGGAUGAGCCUGUUUCUGCUCAUCCCUGGAUACUCCUGAGGAGGAUUCCCCGAUCCAGGCAGCACGGCGCCGGCCCGAGGGGGCCCCCGUGGAACCGUCGCCUCUUGUCCCGUCCAUGCCAAGAUGACUCUCAUUCUUUGUGUGAAUGAGGUCAGGUAUGCCUCAAGAGCGACACAUCGACCCUCAUUCUUUGUGCGGAUGAGGUUUGGAGAGGAAGGAGAAGCACGCGCAGCAGGAGAAGAAGCGGUGCUGAGGAAGAGGACUUGUUAAAAAAAGGACUUUUUAAUGAUGGCCUCUUGGCUGAGCAACAUGACAACAGUUGCAGUCAGCGGAAACGUUUCCCACUUUCCAGAAUUGUCUUAAUUCUCUAAAGGUUUCACUUUAGAAAUUUAACAUCG